CACCUGUGCAAAGUGCAAACGAGAGCUUGAUAGAAAUAAAAGAACUGAAUGAGAAUGGAAGAAAUAAGCACUUGACUGCUGUGAUUGUCCAGUAUGCUCCUUGUUGCUUCAGACGUGGUUUGGCUUUGGUUUUAGCAGUGCAACCCAUUCGCAACGCAAUGUUUUAUGUUAGUGGCACACCAGGAACUGUUUUCUAUUGCUAAAGGCCCUAUCAGAGUAGGUGGAUUCAAUAGAUUUGACGAUCAGUAGUUUUGGUCAAUCAUGAGUGUUGGUGGAGGUGCCACACACAGUAGAAUGGCCUCUCAGGAAAUCGAGACAGAGAGUGUAGACCACGAGGAGUUUGUGCCAGUAUCCGUUACUGUGGAUGAAUUCGACGCUCACAAGAAACUACUGCGUAGCUUAAGAGAAGCAGCUGCAGAGAAUGCUGAGCACUUCUGCAGACGUCCCAACCUGCAUCAGUCCAACGAAAAGUUUUACGCACUGUUCAUGAAUAUUGUUACCUCUGCUGAGUCAACAGAGUUGCUGUGUAAACCGGUGAUUGAACGUGUGGCUGAGUUUGAUUUUGACAGCUGUGUGCAUGCCAAUGGAUUUAGAAGUCUGCUGCACAUGGUGGACUCAGUUGUCAAAGCACUGAUUCUACAGUCUAAAUCCUGUAAAGAUAACCGCUCAAAGACGUUCUUCUCCUCGAGCACCACUUUUGACCAUUUGUCGUCACUAUCAAAGGCUCUGAAAGGCCUGUCGCGCAUUGUUCUUCUGGCGCACGAGCUCAUGUUGCAUUUAGAAGGUGGUGAGCUGUUUCCCAAGGACGAGACAAUCUCGCAUUCACUAUUGGAGCAGUCACAGCAAAUACCCAGGGAGUGUUUCUAUGGGAAAUGUCUAGGAGUACAUUAUGUUCCGUCCAUAAAGCCUGUUGUUCAAAGCAUAGCCUUUGCGAUGGCAUCGUUUGGCGAGGGCUUCCUGCGCCAUCAAAGCAAUUGCCAAGACAUGACCGGCUUCUCCAACAUGGUGCGUGUGGCUAUGUCCUCGAUGUGGCAUGGCACUGGGUUUGUGCUGAACCACUCGCGGCGCGCCUCGCAGAUCGUGUCGCUGACACAGAGUCGUGAUAUUCACUUUACCAAGUCGUUCUGGUCUCUGGCUGAAGUCAGCGCAUUACAGCACAUGGCGGAACUUGUCAUUCCCAGCAUGGCUGUUGCGCAGCAGAUCACACUGCCCAUCGACAUAGUCUAUCUGCCCUGCUGUGCGUCGGAACACGGUGAGACAACGUGCAAAGGCAGCUUUGCGCAUCUGAUAGACCCGUCACAGGCACAAAGGCAGCAUGGUGCUGAUGAAAAUGCUACGCCACCGUGUGAGAUCAUGGAAGAGGAAAUGGAGUCGUUGCUAGUUUCUGCCGAUGUGGCGGCGGCUCUUUCCUGCGCCGUGUCCAACGGGGAAGCCGGUAUAGGCAUUGAGACCGGCCUGGGAUGUGCAUCGUCGUCACCUAGCAGCCAGAGGGAAGAAUCGGUGAAUGAAGAACUUCAAUACGAUGAGAACUACGAGGUGAUUGAGGACGACACAGGUUCGACUCAAUGCGACGGUGUUGCUUCACCACCUCACUAUGAGGAUUUAUAUGGAAGCGCUCCUACAGAGCCGGUGGCAGCUUGUACUGAGCAACCCUCUCCGGGCCUAACAGAUUCAGAAGAGACUACCAGCCUAUCACCAGCCUGUGCUAGCAGUAGUUUGGAGAGCAAUGGGCAGCAUAGUGUAGCUGUGAGCAGCAGCGGAGCCCCAGCAACAGCACCGGCACAGUCAGAACCUGCGGAAGUGAACUCCGGUGAUGCAACUGAGGUUCAAGAUCAGCCUUGCUCCACAUCUGGUGAUACAACUCCUGCAACUGCAGUUCAAGAUCAGCCUUGCUCCGUAUCUGGUGAUACAACUCCUGCAGCGGCGGUUCAUGAUCACCCUUGCACUGUGCCGGGUGAUGUGAAUACUAGUGCUACUCCCACCACUACUGGUAUGCCAGCACAGAGCCUUGAUCAAAGAGAAACUGUGACAACGGGAGAAGCCACAGCGGCCGAAUCCACCACCGUGCCAUCAGUGUCCGAGUGUCUAACUUGCAUGGUUGCCAUCUCUCCACCUCUCAUGCACUCGUCUCAACCAGCUAGUGUUAACAUUCACCUUAUCAGUGCAGUAUACCGCGAGGGACAGAAGGUUCGCUCGUCGUCUCUCUCGUUCAAACGUAACAGCAAGGAGCCUGCUCCAAGUGCCCGCGGUCUGGUCAUCCACUGCCAUGGAGGUGGAUUUGUAGCUACAACAACGAAAUCACAUCAGUCUUACCUGCGGCAGUGGUCUAUUGAUCUAGAUGUGCCAGUGGUAUCAAUCGACUACAGCUUAGCACCGGAGCAUCCUUUUCCGCGUGCCCUCUGUGAUAUCUUAUUUGCGUAUGCAUGGAUAGUGGAAAACUGCAAGCUACUGGGUACAACAGGCGAGAAAAUCAUCAUCACAGGCGAUUCCGCUGGAGGUAAUCUGGCAGUUGCCAUGACGCUAGCAGCAAUCGAGCUUGGUAUACAGAAGCCGGACGCCAUUAUGGCUGCGUAUACUCCGUUCCUUGUGGAAUUGAGCAUAUCCCCGUCACGUCUGCUGAGCGUAUUUGACCCACUCUUACCGCAGGGAGUCCUGUUGGCGUGUCUCGAUGCCUACGCCCGCUCUGACGAUGAGACAUUCACAUCAUCAGAUUCCUCUGCUCAACAAAGCCAACGCCCUAAUGGCUUAGUGAUUGACGAGGAAAGUACUACUGUUUCCUUCAGUUCCUCAUCAUCAUCCCUGUCGCCGUCAUCGUCAACAACCUUCUCAUCAUCUUCCUUCUUGUCCAGCUCGUUUGGCUGGAAUGCUGGCGGUGGCUUGUCAGUGCAGUGGUCAAAGCUGAAAGCCUCAUUAUCUAGUGAGGCAGGUUCUGGCGCAGCAGUGGCUGGAACUGGUAGCGAAGAACCCGGAUCAGAUACUGACGUGCCAUCAGCAUGUGAACCCAGGCAAUCUGCUAGUGUUGGAACUGAAUCUACUGAUAGUUCAGAAACUAGCCUGACCAACUCCGAGUUUGUGGAGGUGUCCUUCUCCGAUGCUAACACUGCUGGAAAAAGGAUCUCUUCUCAGCGUUGUGGCAAGCUAGAAAAUCUGUUCAGGACACAGCCAAAUACAUACCUAUCUCCCCUCCGUGCCAGUGACGAGCUCCUCAAGCAACUGCCUCAUGUAGAUUUAGUGGCGUGUGCUCUAGACCCGCUUCUUGAUGACUCGAUUGCCUUUGCCCGGCGCCUGGCCAAGCUCAAUGUGUCGUCACAGCUGCACGUGGCCGACUCAUUGCCGCAUGGCUUUCUCAACCUUGCGUUUGUCAGCAAGGAGGCUAGGCGUGCGUACGACAUGUGCACACAGUGCAUGCGCAAUGCUCUGGCCACUGAAGAAGCAACAUAAUCUCCACGGUUGCUGGUAGUAACAGAAAGUUUUUUUUUUAAUUUUGGAAACUUCGAUAUCAAUCAAAUCCGCCCAUUGUUCUUUUUACACCAGUAAUACCCUUUUAAAAAGCAGUCCACUAGUUCUAGUGCACACGAUAGACAGUGUGUGGCCCUCAGGGCAGGUGGCCACCAAACUUUUAUACCAGCAGGAAAGUACAAGCGUAUCCAUCACAUUAUUACUUCAAAUAAAAAAAGUAUUAUAUUUACCAUACUACUAGUUGCUUCAUAAUCUGAUCACAGUGUGGCUGCAGUUGCAUCGCUGUACUUCCAACAACUGCUCGUAAACCGCUAGGCUGCAUUGGUACACAGUCUCUGGUGUUUACUCCGCUGUUAUUUCUACUAUUGUUGCUAUCACGUGCUGGUUCGUCAUUUUAUCCACAUUUAGGAGGUAAUAUAUCGGAGACUAUCACCCCCACCCCACCCCCGCGCGCGCGCGCGCGCGCUGUGCUUUGCUGAGGUGGCAAUAGUGCUACAUUACUGUCUUUGUUAUCCUUUCCUAUUCGUGGGCAGUUUUAAAUAUUUUCAGGCUGAUUUAUUCGUCUCUUUUCGAAAUGGUUUCUGUAUUAUCCAAGGUCUACUCAUUUAGCUGAAUCAUCCAUUUUCUCUACUUUAGGGUGCAUCUGUACUGGCAAAUGCCAUUUUCUUCAUUUUUUGUAAUAAGUUUUUAAACAUA